AUCAUGGCCAUUCUUCAUACUUCUUUCCUUAGCUCUUUCCUAUGCCCUUCUCUUCCUUUGCUUCUCUUCUUCAGUUGGUAUAAUGUUGACGCCUAUGGAGGAAACACAGUGGAGAUUGCAGUUAAUUCAUUACUUCCUGGAGCAACUUGCUCACCUCCCCUUGAAGGUUUGGAUCAUUCCCGGAAGUUGCAAUUAGUACACAAAAAUGGGCCCUGUUCACCACUAAGUGUAGAAGGGAAGACGACUCCCAGCCUGCAGGAAAUCUUCCUCCAAGAUGAACUCCGAGUUCGCUCCAUUCAUUCCUUAAUCAACAAUCAGCAACAUCCUCUUGGAGACUCCAAGGCUACAGUACUUCCUACCAAGUCUGGCGUCGCYCUYGGAACUGGGAAYUACAUUGUUARCAUCGGACUGGGCACRCCGARGCAAGAUUUYWKGGUGRCUAUKGACACUGGUAGCGACCUCACUUGGAUYCARUGCCARCCAUGUCCAAAYRGUCCRAMCUGCUAURAMCAAUCRGGRCCCACCUUCGACCCUUCCAAGUCAUCGUCUUAUUCCGGCAUCACAUGUGGUUCAGCCGAGUGCUCUCAUGUCUACUCGGCCACAUUCUACUCUCCUCCCUGCAACUCUGCUUGCAUUUACGAAGCCCAUUAUGGUGAUCAAUCCUUCUCUAUCGGCCUCUUCGGACGAGAAACGCUCACGCUAACACCUUCAGAUGUCUUCUCCAGUUUUCAAUUUGGGUGUGGUCAAAAGAAUAGUCUGAUCAAUGGUGUCACAGUAGCGGGGAUUCUUGGCUUAGCGCGCAACCAGGUGUCUCUGGUGUCUCAAACGGCCAGCACCUAUGGAAAAAUUUUCUCUUAUUGUCUCCCACGUUCAGAAAGCUCCAUUGGGUACUUGGCUUUUGGUGACCAAACCAGUGAAACCUCCUCUGCUGUGAACUACACCCAGUUGAUACCAAAUCCCGACGGUUACCCCAACUUCUAUUUCGUUCAAUUAAUAGGAAUAAGUGUCGAGGGGCAAAGAUUGGCCAUUGAUCCUUCAGUGUUUACAACCCCUGGAACCAUCAUAGACUCUGGCACUGUUGUCACUCGUCUACCACCGUCGGCCUAUGAUGCCCUUCGGUCGGCCUUCCGGCAAGUAAUGUCAGAGUCAAACUACCCGCUGGCGCCACCAAUAUCACCUUACGACACAUGCUAUGACUUGAGCGGUUACAACAUAGACACAGUGAAUGUACCUAGCAUCGUCUUGCAUUUUGAUGGAGAUACAGACCUCCAGGUGGACCCAUUUUCAGGAGCUCUUGCUGUCCUAAGUGAAUCUCAAGCUUGCUUGGCUUUUGCUGCAAACAUAGAUGAUAGCCAAAUGGUCAUCUUUGGCAACAGGCAACAACGGACAUUUGAGGUGAUUUAUGAUGUUCCUGGACAAAGGUUAGGAUUUGCCGUUGGAACUUGCAACUAGCUAGCCAGUGAGAACUAACAGUUUGAGAGAGAGAGAGAUGCUAAAUGGCCGUUCUGUAGUCUAUAAUAAUAGAUGGUUAUAAUAUAGUAGUAGAGAUUA